UUGUUGGAAGAGAGGGGAAACUGUGAGCGCAAGACGUGUCUAGCUUUCCCACGUUUAUAGGACGUAACGGGAGAGCGAAGGCCGGAAGACGCUGAAGAGCCUCCCUCCUUUCUAGACGUUACAGACCAGCUCAAAAACUCUUCCCCCCUCCUCUUUUGGUGAAAGUGGUUUGAGCUAGCCUUCCCCCGGGUUGCGGCGGAGACGGAGAGGUCAGGCUACGGGUGUUGCAGCGUUGCUGAGAAUCGAUCAUGGCGUACCCUGGGCAUCCCGGCGCUGGAGGCGGCUACUACCAGGGCGGGUAUGGGAGUGCUCCUGGAGGACCAGCAUUUCCUGGUCAGGCUCAAGAUCCUUUAUAUGGCUAUUUUGCUGCAGUGGCUGGGCAGGAUGGUCAAAUAGAUGCUGAUGAGCUUCAAAGAUGUCUGACCCAGUCAGGAAUUGCGGGUGCAUAUAAACCUUUCAACCUAGAGACGUGCAGGCUCAUGAUCUCCAUGCUUGAUAGAGACAUGUCUGGCACAUUGGGCUUUAAUGAAUUUAAGGAGCUCUGGGCAGUGCUGAAUGGCUGGAGGCAACACUUCAUGAAUGUAGACAGUGACCGCAGUGGUACAGUUGAUUCUCAGGAGCUUCAGAAGGCUUUGACCUCUAUGGGAUUUAGGUUGAGCCCCCAAGCCAUCAGUGGAAUUUCAAAACGAUACAGCACUCGUGGAAAGAUUACGUUUGAUGACUACAUUGCCUGCUGUAUUAAACUCAGAGCUCUCACUGAUAGUUUCCGAAGACGAGAUGCAGCCCAACAGGGAGUGGUGAACUUCCAGUAUGAUGAUUUCAUACAGUGUGUUAUGAGCAUUUGAUUCAAGACGAAGAAAGAAAUUAAUGAGCAUCACCCACAUUCCACUUUGUUUUGCUUUGCACCAAAAAAAAAAAAAAAGUAUCAUGGUUGUGUAACUAAACAGUAGUAUUGGCAUAUUUUAUAAAUAUUGAUUUAUAUGCUUUUUAUAGUUUUGAUAACUAACAAAAGGAAAACACAAUAAAUCCUGGUUUUGAGUUGAUUUGUCUUGCAUAUUUAUAAUUUGCUUGAUAUGGAAUUUAAAAAAACUAUUCAUUUUUUCUUUAUCUCUUCUUGUACUGUUUUUAAACAGUUCGUAUUGGAACAUACGUUGUAUUGUGCCAUAUAGGUGGGCCAAAGGGCAAGAAACUGGGCGUGUAUAAGUGCACUAAAUGUCAUUGGAGUUGCCUAUAAGUCUCAGAAUAAAGUGCAACAUAUAGUAAUCCGAGUGUUACUUCCUAAAAUCAAUGUUAUGUUUGCCCUUUCAAUAUUUAUCCCUAUGUGUUUUUAAAAUACAGGAAAUAGUCAGUGAUUGGUUCAGCUAAUUGUGCCAUGCUGCAUAUUCUCAAUUAAAGUCUUCUGACAUAUGAUAGCAUUGGUUUUAAGUCAUGCUUCCUAGGUUUGCAUUCUCUACCCUUUUAAAUUUAAACCUUUCCAUGUACUUAGCUAUGAGGCUGUAAUCUUUUUGAGACUUGGGGAAGAUUUUGAAUGAAUACCUUAAAUUCUUCUGCAGGAAAAGAUUUUCUUUAAAUUCUGCAGAAAUUUAACUUCUGUGUUCUGGUCCUGACUGUCAACGUGCUCAUAGCUUUAUUCAAAAUAAAUUAUUUGCCAAAUGUUCCAUAGCAUAACUAGUACUGUUUAAAUAUUUAGUUGCAUGUGCAUGGAAUGUGUUCACAGUUUUAUUAGGAACUGCCUUCUGUUUAAUUAUAAGGAGCUCUUUUAUCUUGAUGAACACAGUGUGAAACAUGUCUCUGCUUUUUAAGUGCCCAUUAAAUAGUAAGUGCUGGAAGUGGAAUAAAAUGGACAGGUCCCUGCCUCCAAACUGCACUGGUUGCUGUUGACAGGCAAGGAAGAUGGGCAAAGGAAAGAGGCUGAUGGGCCAGGCCACCUACGUAUUCUUACAGCUUCAGAUUUCUUUAAAAGUACAGGUGUGAUCUCUGGAUUGACACCUGGGAACCCUACAAAAAUGUGAAAGAUGACUAUGAAUCAUGUUGUCCAUUCUGUGGUUAGUAUGUCAGGUAACAUUUGCUUACUUAAGCUUGGCUGAAUCAUCCAUUAGCAAAAUGAAUACGGUCAGGGAAAUUGUAACAAACAAAAACUGAGUGUGCUGAUUUAAUUGCAAGAUUAGUUGGAUGCACGUGAUCCUAGUGCCAGCUCAUGGUCUACUUAGCAAAAGAUAUUUCUUCCUGGUUAGCGUUCUAGGUGUUUCUGUUCCCUAAACUAGAAAAUAAACUGUGAGCAUUGCCUUUCA